AGGUAACUCAUGUCCAAUCAGCGAACGUGACGCCUCGAAGACACCGAAGAGAGUGAGCCAAGGCUAAAAGUGACUCUCUGACUCCUAGAGUCCCUGAACCCUCGAAAAAUCGAAACGAAAAAUUUAAGCAAGUUGAUUAAUCCCUUCGAUCGCGUCCCCGGGUUUGAAGUAGCUUCUGGUGGUGCUGAUCCCCCGAACGAUGACUUUGGCGCCUAAAGUUGGACAGGACAUUGUUGGUUAGGACUGACCUGGGGGAGGCCUCCUCAGGACUCUGUUUCGUCAUUCAUGUCGUCGAGGCUUGUUGACGCCGACGAGAGUUCGUCACUUCCUCCCAAGGUAUUUCGCGGGGUUGACGGCAACAGGAUUGUCCUUGGGGAAGAGCUCGCUGGGGUCAGGAGGGACCACAGGGUUGUGCAAUUCGAGAUCAGGAACGGGGAGAGGGGCACGAGCUUUCGGGUUGAUGUGCCUGUGGUGCUGGUGAUUCUGGUACUCUGGGGAUUUUGCGGGCAGGGGGUCCUUUUCGGGGGUCUGCUUGGAGUUUAUGGGGUACUGAGGGCCUGGGGCAUUCUCUCCACUGUUGACACUGACACUCUGUUGGUUGUUGAAUCUGUUGGCGUCCAAAUAAUCUGUAAACGAUUGUUGUCCUGCUGCGAAUCGAGUACUUUUUUACCUUGGAAUACAGUAAAGGAUGUGUUCAUCAAUGAAGUAAUCACUGGACAUCGAGUUUUAUACUACUUAACGUUCAUCAUCAAAGACUCAUCUGGAGGUAAAGACGCCGAGAAGCUUGUCCCCUUAUUCCGUGACUUGAAGCCAGAGAGAGAAUGCCUGGAAUACAUGUACGAACACUUAGCAACCGUGGUUGGGACAGGCGGGAGAGGGAGCCUGCUCUAACUGUCCCAGGAUCCUACUGGCUCUGCUGCAAGCAGAACAUCUACAAAUUCACGUUUAAAUAUAACAAAACAACGAGAUCCCCCCAGGACUUCUCCCACGCCCGUGAGCUGAUGAAAGUCGUCCGCAAGAUAAUAAAGCUCCAGCCGCGCCAGGGCCAGCAGUUCUGCACCCGUCACCUCCUGGUGACCUACAACCAGUCCUCCUGGACGCGCCAGGACAAGAUGUUCGCAAUGCUAAAAUUUCGGGAUUGUCCAGAGGCCAUAGCCUACCCCCACGCCUUCAUCCUCACCAUAAAAACCACCUCCCCAGACUCCCUCCCCUUAAAGUCCUCGCCCCUCCCCCCCAGACCCUCCCCAGCUGACGACUCCUCCACGGACUCUUCCACGAGACUCACCCCCCUUCCCCCCACACCCCCGAAAAAAUUGAAAUCAGCGUCAUUCUUCGGUGAUCUGGCCCUUCCCCUCGUCGAGAAGUACCUCCACGAGCAGAAGGACCCACCACCCCCUGACGACGACUCCGAGGAGCCCCUCAACGACAUCCAGGAGACAGUGGACAUGCCCUACCAGUACCUGAUCGAACGAGAGAUCGAGAAGACUAAAGCGAAAGUCGCGAAAAUGAGCCCAACCACCAGGAAAAGUGAUCCCCAGCCCCAGAACAACGAGGUCACGACUUCCUCGAGGGGGAGACCACCCCCUGGAUCAUCUCCAAUUGACACCUCCACCGCGAAAUCAGCUGACAUCACUGACCUCGUGAUGGAGGGGCUCAUGUUCACGAUCAGGCAGGACAAGGACUCGGUGACUGUCGUCGAGCAGAAGACGAAGCUGGAGCCCGAUGAAGUCCUCGAGAAUUCCGAGAGGGUCGAGGGGAGGACGGGGGAGUGCCUGGUGAACUCGAGCCUUCUGAAGCUGGAGAACUUGGUCGGGAAGAUCGAGAUCGCCGGGGGGCAGGAGAGGGAGAAGGAGAAGGAGCAGGAGAGGCUUCCAUUUUUGUUCGGCCCUGGGGAGGACAUUCCUGGCGAUGAUCCUGGGCCUGUGACGUCUACGUGUCCUCAAGAGGACAUUCUCCCUCACUCGAGGAUGAGGAAACAGAGGGAAAGGGUUGUGGAGGGGGAUAGAGACUUGAAGGGAUCCAGAAUCACUUCCUCAAGCUCCUCGAGCUGUUCCUCGGGGUCCGAACGUCCGGAAGAUGUGAACGGUGAUGAGAGGAUUGAGGAAGAGGAUAUCAUCCCUGAGGUCCUCCAGGGGGAUAAUCAUUCCCCUCUGGGGCUCAUGGGGUUUUGCUCGAGGGACAAGGUGACGAGUCCUCUCAUGGAUGACGAACAUUUUGAGAGGAGUCCUGAGGGCACCUUCAGGGUCGGUCCCAAGGUCGUCUCCAAUGAGAGUGUGAAGAUUGAUCUCUCGCUUUGGAAGUCUGCUAAGGCCAGGAGGAGUCUCGUUUAUGAUGAUGAGGAGCUUAAGGGGGGUGGCAAGGCAAUGGAGGGAGAGGCACCUUCGGAGGGGACUGAGGGGAGGAGGACACUUGCUGCCAGGAGACGAAUUCUUCCAGAGGAGAAUCAAGAGGACGAGAGGAUCAAUCUGUUGAAGUUUGUUAAUGAUAUGACCAUGGGUGUCAGGGUCGUCGUUCAACGGUUAGACGUUGGGAGUUUGUCUAGGUUUGGGGGGAAAAGGGCGUAUUCACGUGAGUGUGUAUGAUAGGGUGGCAUAAUUGGGGUGAGGGUGGGAAGUGGUGGAGGGCAGGAGUCCUUUCUAAUUCAUUCUGAGGAGAAUUUAAUUCUCAGAGUAAAAUUUUUGGUUUUAAGGCAUCUGAGGGUUUUAGAAAGGUUUUUUCAACUCGAGAAUUAGUGGGUUGAGAGGAAAAUGUCAAAAGAUAUUAUUUGUAGGGAAUCUAAUUCUCUGUUUGAAAGUUUUACUUAUGUUUUUUAUAUUUCUCUUUCUUUUCAAAAUAUUCAAGGGAAUUAUUAAUCGUUAAUUAUCUCAUUAACGAGAGGGUUUUUAUCUAUACCUCAGACAUUUUCCGAUUUCUCUUCAUUCCCUUCAUAAAUGAAUGAAACAGGACUCGUAGCUCAGUUGGCAGGAGCAUCAGUCCCAUAAUCUGAAGGUGUGAGUUCGAAACUCGUCACAACAAUUAUAUCGGUUACUAUCAAAUGUGAUGUGAAAAAUUCAAUGAAUCAACUUAUGAAUGAGUUAAUACUGUCCUGUCCUCCCCAGUCAGCCUAGAAUUGAAUGUGAUAAAUUAUAUAAAAAAGUGGUCGGAGGCAAUUUCUGUUAAAACUCGUCGAGCACUACAUUAAAUUGGCACAUAAAUAUAUGGAACAACUGUUCAUCACGUAUUCAAUGAUAAUAAGUUUAUUGUUUAUCAUAUUAAUAUUGAUUAAUUAAAAUUAGUAAUCAAUUAUCAUCGAGUAUUAUCAAUGUUGAUCUUUAUCUGUUUUUUUGAGGAUAUUGUCAAUAGUACAGUCUUCUGUGCUCCUCACUUGCUCCACGACUGUCUUCAAGUCCUUGACAGUCUUCAACAUUGUUUCUAGAUCAGUUUUCAAGGCUUUCUGAUCGUCUGCCCGGUCUUUUGUGAUGGGUAUGAUGGACUGGAAGAGCUCUCGUUGCUCAUCAGUUAUUUCUAGGGGUCUCAGGGGGCCUGAGGGCUUCAUUAUCACUGGAGCUUUCUGAAAGGAAUCAUUGGAGUAUUAUUUCUGUUCUAAACAGUUCUCAAUUAUUUUUUCUUCUGUUAUAAAUACUAAAGUCAGCAGCUUUUAUGUUCAACUCAUGUACACAAGGCGAUUUACUCAUUGUAAUUAUUUUUUGGGUCUAACUGACUCAUUUGCCUCUUUGUGGAAAAUAAAAAUGAAGUUCUUUCGUUA